UUGGACAGGAGUGCAGUGGGAAACACCACAGUGCCCAACAUGUCUUUGGAUAUGAGCGUACUGCGAAACAUCGCACCCGGGUCAGCGUCUUCGGACACGAGUGCACUGGGAAACACCGCACUUGGGUCAGCGGACAGGAGGGCAAUGGGAAACAGCACAGUGCCCAACAUGUCUUUGGAUCCGAGUGCACUGCGAAACAUCGCACCCGGGUCAGCGUCUUUGGACAGGAGUGCACUGGUAAACACUAACAACGACGCCGGCUGGUCAUCCCUAUUAACAAAUUGUGAGAACCCAAUUUCAAGGCCUACAGAAUUGGACGCGAACAUGAACAUCCCUAAACAGUCAACAGGCAGUUCAGCGCCUCUUCAAUCCUGCAAUGGCCAGUAUGGGGACUUUCAGACACCGCCAGUGCCAGCAUCACCGCUAGGAUCAUCACAUCUUUCCCUGUCGAGUACUGAUCAGGUUUCCCCGGUUUCUCAAUUUGGUCUGUUUGGCUCUUCCGACUGGGCUAAUGUAAUGCAGGAGACCGCCCUACGCCAAGAAGAACAAAAGGUGAAGAAAAACCAAGAGAGAAUAGAGAGACGCCGCAACCGAAAUAAGUUGGCAGCCGCGCUUUGCAGAGAGAAGGCGAAGAUGAAGGCUGCAGAGGACUCGCAGAAAAUCCAGGAACAGGCAGAGACAAUAGAGAAACUUAGGAAGAUAGUAGCCAGCCAGAAGAUCGUCAUUGACCACUAUCCGACUUGUGCAGCAUGUGGUAACAUUCCUUCAUAAUGUGCUGUCAUUCUUUCACAGUCAUUGGACUGGGCAGCAUCAACGGAUAAUGCAUGUACUCUUAAACAAGAACUUAUUAUUAUUAUUUAUUUAUUUUUUUAAUUAUCAUUUCCCUCAAACCAUACAUCCUGUACACACACCUUGUACACACUCUCUCUAACGGUCUCUAGGCUACACUGCAAUUGAUAUACAUAAGAUCAAAUUUUCGGGCAAGGCCCAUCAUCAGGAAUAAACACCUUUCUCAAGGUUUGGAGACUCCACUGUAGCCAAUACUUGAAUCCAUACAUCCUGUACACACACCUUGUACACACUCUCUCUAACGGUCUCUAGGCUACACUGCAAUUGAUAUACAUAAGAUCAAAUUUUCGGGCAAGGCCCAUCAUCAGGAAUAAACACCUUUCUCAAGGUUUGGAGACUCCACUGAAACCAAACCAGUAAUAUUAUUAUUAUU